GUCUUCUUUUUGGGCUCGGUCAAGACGUCACGACACAUCAUCUGUACCACAGCUCAUUUUCGCCGCGAAGAGCCUCCUCUGCAGCUAGGGAGCCAGGCUGGAGCUAGGGAGUAACAGAGCAGCAGCCAGUCGUGUGCGGGAGGAGUGCGGGGACGGCGGCGGCGUGCCAGCAGGAAGACCGCGCUCAUCAUGUCUUCCGAGGUCUCAGCGAGAAAUCCAGAGUUGCUCAAGGAAGAAGACACGGCUCGCCCAAAGUUCGUCAAUCGCGGUUUGCUUCGGUGGGAGAGGGAACGGAAAGCUUGGCUCGCGGGGGGUACCGGCGGGCCCGUCGGCAGGCGAAGGGCUCGAGCGCGCACGAUGGACGUGGACGAGGUGAUCGACGACCUGUUCUCGGGGCGAGGAGGCACGGGUAACCUCCCGCAGUCGGUCCCACUCCCUCAGAUGAUCGACCUAUUGGUGGACCUCUGGGAAGCGGAGGGUCUUUUCGACUGACUCGUUGACCGUGCUGUCUUUGGUUGUUGGGUGGGUGUGAAGACGCGGCGAGAGUUCGCUUUCUCUUUUUCUGGUGCGAAUGGAUGGACGGACUGACGCCGUUUCCGAUCUUGGGAGGCGGCCGGACUGAAUGAACACCGUUCGAGUGAUGUUGGAAAAAAUUGGCUGAAAGCUCAUUCGGGUGGAUGGAAAUUGGACUGGACUCUGGAUGGGACCACUGGGAGCAGACGCCCGGAGGGGUUCCUCCGGAAAGACCAUACGUCUAGGAUCGUUCUUGUAUGCGAUGCCUUCACGUUGACGCAAGUCGUGGUAAAUAGGUAUAUUAUGUGUGUCCUGUUCGUGUUGUCGUUUUCUUUGCGUGUUUUUUGUUCGUGGUGGAGAAGGUUGAACGGGGGGGCAAAUGGUGGGCCGAGGGGGGGCAAGAGAGAGAGAGAGAGAGAGAGAGAGAUACCCACUUGCUGCGUCAGUUGAUGUUCCGUGUUUUGAAAUGCUUGAUGUUCCCUUUUUUUUCAAAGAAUAUCAAGCAUUUCUUGGGGUGUGGCUUAUUCGUGUAGCGUCACGACUCGCACCUGUACCUGUCCAGCCUGCCUCCGAAAUCCGAAAGUUUGACGGUUAGAGUCCAGCCCUACUGUGAGAUGCUGCGUGCCCCGUACGUACACGUCAGAGCUCCAUAUCGUUCCUGGGUACACUAGAGACCUCUCUGCUAAUUUUGUACGAUUACGACUUCCUUUUGUGCUUCUGUUAGGAAAAAUCCCGGCCCUUCCCGUCGCCUUUUAACCCAAACCCAGACGUAGGUAGGGUGUUCAGUUCCAUUCAAUCUC